AUGGAUGAAGGUUCAACACUUUUACUGCAGCUUUGGUACCGCGGAGGAAUCCUGCGUGACAGUCACUGGAGACGCUAUAGCUACGGCUACGGCUAUAGCUACGGCUACGGCUACGGCUACGGCUACGGCUACGGCUACGGCUACGGCUACAGCUACAGCUACAGCUACACACCUCCUCUUCCUCCUCCUCAGCGGCUGCAGCAGGUCAGCGUCCCGAUCGUCUCCAACAUUCAGUGCAACGCCGCCUACGGCACCGGCAAAGUCACCACCAAGAUGAUGUGUGCCGGGCCGGACUUCAGGGGCGAGGGCUUCUGCAAGAGAGACUUCGGCGGCCCGCUGGUGGUUUUGAACGGCUCCAGGUGGAUCCAGGCCGGAGUGGCGAGCUUCGUCACGGGCUGCGGGUCUCCGGAUUUCCCCGGAGUCUACGUCCGGGUGUCCCAGUACCAGUCCUGGAUCAGCAGCCACACCGGUGAAGACCCGGCGGGCUACAUCUACUUCUGGAGCUCUGCCAGCAGAGCGGCGCCCCUCAUCUCCAUCUUCUCUCUGCUCGCCAUCCUGCCGGUCAUCUUCUGAGCGCCGUCAAGGACGCCGUCAGAGACUAAAAAUCAUCUUUCUGAGAAUUCAAACCUCAUCUCUAAACUCAUAAAAGUCAAACUUGUGGACUCAGGCGUUCCUGUUCAGUUUUAUUUUUCAUUCGUCUGAUGUUCAUGAGGUCAAACACCGUCAGGAUUCUGCUAGGUCAAAGGUCACAGCAGGAAAAGCGCUCGCCGAGGGGGCGGAGCUCAGCCCAGGAAGGUGGAGAUGAAGACGCUGGUGUCCAGGUUGAGGGUGGCGUGCCACCACCGGUCCGGGAAGAACAGCACCUGAGGAAAGUACCGCCAGCUGAGGAUCGUCCGGCCACGCCCCUUCUCCCCACCUUGCCCCGCCCCUCACCUCUCCAGGCCUGAUGGUGCACUCCAGCGGAGCCUCGUCCUCCGGCAGGUGGGGGUACGUCUCCGUCAGCCAGGACAGGGUGGUGCGGUUGGGGUGGAAGUGCGGCUGGCGUUCAGGCGGGUAGAGGAACCAGCGCUGUGAGGAAGAACUGGUUAAAGACCUCGGAUCACGCCGGAUCACGCCGGAUCACGCCGGAGCGGAUCACUGAAAACCUGAUGCUAAAAUGAAGAAAAAUCUGGUUUCCUUCAAUAAAACGAGCCUGAAAGUAAAA